GUCCUGACAUGAGCUGCAUUGGCGCGAAACGCUCCCUGCCCCGGGGGAUGUUCCCAGGCACUGCCACGGCACAAAUAAAUAACAACAACAAUGCUCUGAGGGUGGCAGGGGGGCUGUCAUCUGACCCAGCACCACCGAUGGAAAGAGCAAAGAGCUGGUGCCUGAGUUUGCCCCCAGCAGCACUGUGAACGCACUGGCAUUUGGUCACCAGCGGGAAGGGCUGACAGGAGGGUUGUUUGGAGGGGAGCAGCAUCCACACAACUCCAGGCUUUACUGGCGUGUCCAAACACCAAAUGCACCAAGCACAACCCUCCACACCUAACAUCCAGGAGCUCUUCUCUCACCUUUUUUAGGGCUGCUUAUUUAAAGAGUACUUAGUACUUUUUUAGCUUUUUUGGUACUUUAGGUAAAGAUGCUUUGUUUCUGCUGGGUAUUCCCUCACGGAAUGAGGACUGAUCCUCAUUUCCUUGGCUCUUUUAGGCUGGGUCUUUUGAGCUUGAAUAAGCCUAGAGCAGAAAGGGACACAGAGCAGGAGAGCAAGACAUGCCCUCAGCCCAAGGGCACCAGCUCCAAACACCACCCUGAGCCAUGGGCAGGGAGGAGGAAGAAGCAGCUGCCAUGUGCAUGUCACCAAUGUCCCCUUGUCACACUUGGUGAUAAGUGUGGAAGAAGCAAAAUAGAGAUUUGAGGGAGAACCACUCCCUUGCAGGUCUGCAGCUCGGUCACUCAAGGGCUGAGAAGUGACUGUUGUGUUUUCCUUGCAGGCUCUGCCCAGGCUGUGCAAGUGAGGAUGACGACAAACCCAACGACCUCACAGCUCAAAUGGAGAUGGGAGCAGUGACUGGACAAGACAGACAGCCCAGUCUCACAGGUUCGGAGGGUGAUGGCAAUGGAAACAGCAGAUCACAGCCGCCUCAGGGCCCAGACCUGAAUGGCCGGCGUGGCCCCACAGACCCCUGUGAGCAGACACCACCCAUCACUUUGGGCCCUGACAAAGGAACCCAAGUGACAGUGGAGAUUCACCACAAGGAUACCAGCCCCCAGCUCAUCAAAAGACUCUCCUUGGGAAAAGGUUCCCAGAGGCUGAGAGGACACGACAACAAAGGUUUCCAUAAGACUGAGGCCCCACGGCCACCGGGAGCAAAGGACCUCCAUGCAUAUCCAUGGGACAAAUCCUCUUUGAAAUCCAUGCCAGUAGAUCUGCAGCAAUUUGAGAAGCUGGAUGCCUACGCAUUAAAAGUGAAUGUCAAGAACAGCGUGGAGGAACUGGUCAAAGCCCUGCUGAAACAAGCCCGGACUGACCUGGAAAAGGUCCGAGCCAUAUGGAUGUGGAUAUGCCAUCACAUAGAAUACGACGUCGUGGGCUACCACAACAAAAGCCAGCUGUCGAGCAAGCCCAGAGAUGUGCUUCAGAUGGGCAAGAGCAUUUGUGAGGGCUAUGCCGAGCUCUUUGAACAUAUGUGCAGUCUUGCAGGAAUUCAGUGCAAGAAGCUAUCGGGACAUGCCAAGGGACACGGGUACAAGACAGGGCAGACCUUUACAGGGGACUCUGACCAUGCUUGGAAUGCUGUCUACCUUGAGGGAAGGUGGCAUUUACUGGACAGCACCUGGGGCAGUGGUUCUGUGGAUGAUUCCUUCACCAAGUUCACCUACAGGUACAAUGAGUUUUACUUUCUGACUCACCCGGCCCUGUUCAUUAACAAUCACUUCCCAGAUAACAGUAACUGGCAGCUUCUUAAGCCCACGCUGACGCUGAAGGAGUUUGAGAACAACAUGCUGCACAGCAGCAACUUCUACAUGCUGGGGCUGCUGGCCGCACACCCAGAGACUCCCAUCAUCCAAACAGUAAAUGGAAAAGCCUCUGUAUCCGUGGACUGCCGUCCUGGCACGUUAUUUAUGUUCAAGCUGAAGGGAACAGAUGAACACGGUUUGAUGACUUUGAAAAAACGCGGGAUGAAGCUGGAUGUCUACCCACAGAAGACAGGGAGACACAAGCUGGAGAUCUUUGCCAAGCCCUCCAAGGCUGAGGCUCCGGAUGACGUCUACAAGUGCGUGGUGGAGUACGUGGUGGAGUGCGAGUCUGUGGACAAGGCCAUGCGCUUCCCCAAGGACCUGCACCAGCCCGUCGGGCCCAGCUGGUUCUCAGAGCGCCAGGGCUUCCUGCAGCCGUCACACCGCGAGCCCAUCCUGCACACCAACGACGGGCGCUGCUCCCUCACCUUCACCCUGGGCAAGGACAUCAGCGUCCUGACCUCGCUGCACACCGACGGCAGCAGCCUCACGGAGGACAUGGGCAGGCGGCACGUGCUGCAGAUCCACCGCGGAAACCAGAUCGAGCUGAAGGUCCAUCUCCCGCACGCGGGGAACUUCGUUCUCAAGUUCUACUCCAAGAAGAAGUCGGACCCUGGUAAUUACGACUACAUCUUCAACUACCUCAUCAGGUGCCUGAACACGGAGGUGAAGUGGCCAGCCUUCCCCCGGAGCUACAGCAAGUGGCUGCAAGACUACGAGAUCCUGGAGCCGCUCUCGGGCCUGCUGCCCGCCAACCGCAACGUCCAGUUCAAACUCAAAAUGCACGGCGUUGCCAAGGUGCUGGUCCAGGCUGAGAACACCUACCCUCUCACCCAGAAGAAGGGCUGCUGGGAGGGAACCUGCAACACCUCAGGGUGCAGAGAGGUGUUUGUGAUGGUGCAUGAGAAUGCCAACCACAGCUUCUACUCUCAGGUCCUCAAAUACGAAGUUGAGACCCAGUAACACCCACUCCUUGUUCUUUCACUCACCUGCAUGAACCAACCUCCCCAGUGUGCCCCAAACCAGCACAGCUUUAGGAGAUUGCUCAUUCUCUCAACCAAAUCUGUUCUUUCAACAAAUGCAGGACAACAUUUGCAGGCUUUUGCCAGACCACGGGCUCAAAGAUGGUCAAGGAAGCAGAAAAUCCUGUUAAAAAAGGAGCAGCAGUGGAAGACAUGAGAUAAAACCCUCGCCUACAUUUCAGUAACACUGUCCAGACAAAUAUUUAGAAGAAAACAACUGACUGUCUGCAGGGCAUUCUGUGCCAGCAGGGAUUGCUGGUUUCCAAGUUAUGGACCAUAAGAAAAGUCUUAUGAGGGCUACUCCAAGAAUUCACCUAGUGAUGGGGCAGGCAGGAUAAAGAAAGUGCACCCUGGUUUUGAGCAGCAGCAUUGGACAUGAGGAACUUCAGGAGAUUUAAACCAAGUUUCUGUAUAACUGUAGUCAAAUUGAGAAAUACAUCCGAGGAGAGAGAAGGCUUAGGAAAAAGAUACAACAUGAAGUUUCCUUGUGCACUUCACUGUCUUACAGAUUUCAAUAAUACUGGAAAAUACUUUUUACACUGACUCUUAAAUACAAUAAACAAAAUCAUUUUUACCUUUUUAUAUUAGAGUAUUGUAGACACUUUUUCUGCUGUAAUUAUAUCUGAAGCAUAUGGGUGUUUCCAUAACCAAAAUGACAGUAAAAAUGAGAAUAAAGUUCUCAGAAAUCACUCCUUCCUCCAACCUGUCUAUGCAAUACUGCAACUAUAAACUGACAACAGGAUUGGGACAACAGGAUGAGUGACAUUAUUAUCAUGUAACAAACUAUUUGGUGCUGUUCUCUUGGAAAACAUCUCCAUGCACGAGGCAAAGGGGGCUUCUACUGAAUCCCACCACAACUGCACAUCCUGAGAUGGAGCAACAUUUUCAUUACUGAUUCAGAUGCCUGUGACUGUUAGCAUGACCCAAGAGGUAUUUUGUUUGAGUUUGAAUUGAAAAUAAACCUGUUAUGUUUUUGCACUCUG